AAGAGCUACAGCAUGGAGACAAAUAUAGUUAAGGCAAAGGGGUGUCACUUUGUGAUGGUGCAUGGAGCAACCUUUGGGGGCUGGUGUUGGUAUCAAGUUGCAGAUCUUCUUCUCAAAGCGGGCCACACUGUAUCUUCCAUUGACAUGGCCAGUGGAGGUAUAGAUCCUGCAAAUGCCGACAGCAUUUCUUCUUUACAAGAGUACAAUCAGCCACUCACAGACUUCUUUACAUCUCUUCCUUCUGACGGGAAGGUUAUACUGGUUGGCCACAGCGUUGGUGGAUUCAAUUUGAGUUUUACCAUGGAGCGUUUUCCACAUAAAAUUGCUGCAGCUGUAUUUGUUACUGCCGCCAUGCCUCUAAGUGGAACGACUCUCCCUGAGCUGAUGAAUGAGAUCGUAUCCAUAAUCGGAGGCUUAGGGGACUCUACAUUUUACUAUGCAAAUGGGAAAGAGAAUCCAGCAACAUCCUUCAAGUUUGGCACCCAGUUUGCGCGAGAAUUUUUAUCACAGAACAGUCCUCCUUGGGAUCUGACGUUAUGGGAAUCGCUGGAGAAGAAGUUUCCAAUAUGGCAAGAACCUCUUUUGUAUACAGCUAAAAACUAUGGAAGUGUUAGGAGAAUAUUUGUUGUGUCGAAGGAGGAUAAGCUUCUUGUGGAGGCGUUCCAGAGGAAGAUGAUUGCAGAGAAUCCUCCACAAAUGGUAUACGAAAUUGAAGGAUCUGAUCACACCGUAUUCUUCUCUAAGCCUCUUCAACUGGCUGAGGUGCUCAUGAAAAUUGCUAAUAUGAGUGUGUGAAAGUGAAGCAAUCAGCUGCAGAUGGAUUUAAGUAUAGUUUGUAAUAUCUAGAAUAUACUUGUCAGAUACAACUUUGUAAUGGUUCUCUUCAACACCCUAGGCUAAAUUCUAAAUUCCUCUCGUUUAAAAUAGUUAAGAAAUUGUGCAAAGGUGAAAUUUGCAUAUCUAGGUCAUUUUUAUUUUCUAUUGUGUUCAUUUUAUUAUAAUUAUAUAUUAAUAAGUUAUAUGAUAUUGAUUG